AUGGCGUUCUCUUGGCUGUCUGCUUCAUUGAUCCUCUGGACAUCAUCCUCAGCUCGGUCACAUGAUCCCAUGUCUUCUGUCGUCUCACCACGCCACAGGGUGAAGAGAGACCAGCCUUUUGAAAACAGAGAGAAAGUGCGUGAAUCUUUGGAAGUGGCAAACAACUUGCUCACUGUCGUCAAAGACAGUUUUGAAGUGAUUGGAAAGACUGAUACCAAAAAGUUGUCAAAUGUCAUGAAGAAUCUCGCCAACGUCGCCAGCUUGGCGCCUGGCAUCGGAGGUCUGAUUGCCUCUGUUGUCAACAUGGUCUUGAUCUUCAUCCCUCAGGAUGACCCGGUGCUGAAUGCCGUGCAGACAGGGUUUGCAGAAGUGAACAGGAAGUUGGACUCUAUCUCCAUCCAGAUCUCCAACCUGGCAACCGAUGUAGAAUGGUUCAACUACGCCAGCGUCUACUCUCAAGACGAGCUCCGCAUCCUCAACGCCUGGAGCAAGUUCAAUGAUCUCCUUCAGAAAAAUCAGUUGGUACAAAAUGAAGAGCAGAAACUCCGACUGGCAGAGAUAUUCGUCAACUACUACGAGAACACAGGAACUGAAGCCAGUGUGGCCAACCUCUACCAUUACCUCGUGGUCAAAGACACGUCUCUCAGUGGAAACCUCAACGAACUGCUGAGGAAGAAGUUUAAAUGUGACUUUCUAGAAAUCAGUAAAUAUAACGUCUAUUUCAGCAGUUUGAUGUGGAAGGGGAUGGUGCUCAACCAGUUCUACUGGAAACUGAUCAGGCUGGAUUCAUCAGGGAUAGAAGCCAAACACAACCAGAUGUUCAAGAACGUCUAUAAGGCUCAGAAAUCAGCUCUGGAAUACUGCCUGACCAACCACAUGACGUAUGUGAAGGAAGAUGUGGAGGAGAUCAGGAAAGGACUCAGUACUGACAACAAAAAUGCCAUCGCUGAGAAGGUAAAAGAGUUUCUGGAUAAGAAGUACACCUGGUACAAUUGGGUGGUGCUGGUGUACGACACAAACCAGGCUGAUUAUUACAUUCUAUAUGAUCUGACUAAGAUUAUAGAGGACACGAUCAUUAUCGCUGUGGGAUACACUCUGGUAGCAAGUGUAGAAGAUGAAAAUGCAGUUAGAAAGGCAGCCGAUAAUUGCUUUAUAGAAAAACAGUGUGAAAUUAAGAACAAACUACAUUACUGUGGUUAUAGCUGGAGGCAAUCCACAUUUUCUCGUAAAUUCAAGUUCACUGAAUAUGCUAAAGCGACACAUGCUGCUUAUGGGGAAAAGUUUGCUGUGGCUCCAGCACCCUUCCACCAAAAUGACUGUGGGUUGGCUCAAAGUACAAAAAAAAUUUCCAGCUAUUACUCCCGUAGGUUGCCUGUCUGCCAACAAUGCAACAAUGGCAUGUGCAAACAGCUGCUGGACUCCAAUGAAUGGAUGUGUGAGUGUUCAGAUGGUUACUAUGGGGAGAGCUGUGAAAAGAAAAACCCCCCUCACACCGCUAUAGUGGUCGAUGUACCGGUUGUACCUGAUAUCAGCAUCAUUGACACCAAAAUGAAAACAAUGGAGGUCCAACUCAAGGAGAUUCUCAACAUCCUCAACCACAAAUGUCGUGUCUAAUUUGAGAUAUCUGACCACUGAUGGACAACAGGAACGAUGACUUUCCACUGAACACACAUCAAUUGACCGAGCAUCUGAGAAUGGCACCAUGGAGGAAGAACAAGUAAACAAUGCUCAGUCAAGACUCAAUUAUGUUUAGGCAACAAAUAUAGUAAAACUUCUUCCCAACGGUGAAGCGUGUCAAUGUCAGAGAUGAGUUGUUUCUUUAGAAAGCUGGAGGAUGAUGUAUUGAUCUGUUGUUCUGUCCUCAUUUCCAUGAAUGUCUCCAGCUGAUCCGCACGACCCAAACAGUCACUAUACUGUACUAUUAUUAAACAUAAUAAGCAACAGUUUAAUCUGACUACAAAGUUUAUUUGAUUUUUAAACCAUCAACUAAGUUGUUUAUUUUGAUUAAAAGCUUGAAGGUCCUGAAAAUAAUUAAAUAUGAAAAAUGAAAGUUAUUCAUUAUACUGUUAAGUUUCUGCAGUCUGUUUCAGCUCAUUGUGACUCAGUUGUUCUUGAUCUGACCACCAGAUGGAGAUAAUGUGACAGAAAACAAAUAACAGCAUACUUGUACUGUGCACAAUGACAAUAACGUUAAAUCGAAUCUAAUAAAAGAAUUACUAACUAAAGAC